UUAAAAGUCAAUAAGGUGGAGUCGGGAGAUAACUUUCUUAUCUUGUUCAACAUCCUUCAAGCAAUCACGAACAGAAACAUACAGUGAAAAUGGCGGGGAUAGGGCUAUCAUGGCCGUCGUCCAACUUCACCGACAGGCCUAAACUUACAUCCGCCAUAUCUCGAUCUUCCUCAUCCCGUUGCUGUUUGUCUUCCGUUAAAAUGACCGUCUCCGUCGACCAGAAGAAGAAGACUUUCACUCUCGAGAAAUCCGAACAAGCUUUCAACGCUGCCAAGGAGCUGAUGCCAGGAGGUGUUAAUUCCCCAGUCCGUGCUUUCAAAUCAGUUGGUGGGCAGCCUAUUAUAAUCGACUCAGUGAAGGGUUCUCAUAUGUGGGACAUUGAUGGGAACGAGUAUAUUGAUUAUGUUGGUUCAUGGGGUCCGGCAAUCAUUGGCCAUGCAGAUGACGAGGUACUUGCAGCCUUGGCUGAAACAAUGAAAAAAGGAACCAGUUUUGGUGCUCCUUGUCUUCUAGAGAAUGUACUCGCUGAAAUGGUCAUCUCGGCUGUUCCAAGUAUCGAAAUGGUUCGGUUUGUCAACUCGGGAACGGAAGCAUGCAUGGGCGUUCUUCGGUUGGCCCGUGCUUUCACCGGAAAAACGAAACUAAUCAAGUUCGAAGGUUGUUACCAUGGCCAUGCCGACGCUUUUCUCGUUAAGGCCGGCAGCGGAGUCGCGACUCUUGGACUUCCCGACUCCCCAGGUGUUCCAAAGGCAGCAACCUCUAAUACCCUAACUGCACCCUACAACGAUAUCGCUGCCAUCGAAGAACUUUUCAAGACCCACAAAGGGGAAAUUGCCGCAGUUAUACUCGAACCCGUUGUUGGGAACUCCGGAUUCAUUACGCCAACACCCGAGUUCUUGAAUUCCAUCCGAAGUAUCACCAAAGAAAACGACACCCUUCUCAUAUUUGAUGAAGUUAUGACUGGGUUCCGUUUGGCUUAUGGUGGAGCCCAGGAAUAUUACGGUAUAACUCCGGACCUAACCACAUUAGGAAAGAUCAUCGGUGGCGGACUUCCGGUGGGGGCCUAUGGCGGAAGGAGGGACAUAAUGGAGAUGGUGGCUCCGGCAGGACCCAUGUAUCAGGCCGGGACCCUGAGUGGGAACCCGCUAGCCAUGACCGCUGGGAUCCACACUCUUAAACGCCUUCAAAGGUCAGGAACUUACGAGUAUUUGGACAAAAUCACGAGCCAACUUAUCGAAGGGAUUCUGGAUGCCGGAAAAAAGGGUGGACAUGCGAUCUGUGGCGGGUACAUUAGCGGGAUGUUCGGAUUCUUUUUCACCGAAGGACCGGUUUACAAUUUCGAAGAUGCUAAAAAGAGCGAUACGGCUAAAUUUGCCAAGUUUUAUAGGGGAAUGUUGGAAGAAGGCGUUUACUUAGCUCCUUCUCAGUUCGAGGCCGGAUUUACUGGCUUGGCACACACGCCAGAGGAUAUUCAACGAACGAUAGAUGCUGCUGAGAAGGUUUUCCGACAGCUUUAGACUCGGUCCGAGUGGUGGAUUUAUCGAUCUAUUUCUUUUCUUGUGGGUGAGCGUUCUUGUUCUUUUUGUAGGUGUCGUUUCCCUUUGAGUUCGAAUCUUCGGGUUCUGUUACGGUUAGAUAUGGUUUCUAGCAAUUGGUUACGUACAUCGGUUGUUUGUUACGUUCGUCGAGUGUAAAAUAGACUUCUCGCUAUAUCUUUUCUUUGUAGCGUAAUCGUAUCGAGAUCUAUGUAUGCCCGAGCGGGUUGGUUUU